AUGUUACGUGAACAACUAAAAAAUUUGAAGGCACAAAAAAAUAUCCAAGUUUUUGAAGAUGAUAGCUACGACAAAAUUAGUAGAAGAAAAUACAGUUCAUUCAGGAACGUAUAUAAGAAUUUCAUUUUAUCAUCUUUACACAUUGAAUCUGUUAAACUAUGUUUUGAAAAUUUAAAAGGGUUAAAUAAAUUCUUUGAAGAAUUUGAGAAAUUAUUUUGUUUAGAAGAAGGAGAUAUGAUUGAUAGAUUAUAUAAUGAAGAUGAAAAAGAGAAUAGUGAGAUAUAUUUAAAACAUCGUGAAUUUUUAACAAAAGAAGAAAAUAAAUAUAUAUUUGACAAGAUAAAAUUAUUUUUAAAAUUAUGUUCUUUGUAUUGUGAUAGAAAAGAAAUAAAAAUUUUGCUUGAAUUUUUAAUAUAUAAAUAUGAAAUAAAUGUAAAAUGUAGUCAAGAUAUAUUAUUAUGUUUAUUACCUAUUUUAUUUAAUAAAAUCAAUUUAAAAAAUAUAUUAGAAAUAUUAUAUAUACAAAAAGAUUGUGUGUUUGUAUUUUUUAAUAAUUGUAGACAUGAUGAUUUAGUUCAAUAUAUAGAUAAAGCCAUAUUAAUACAAAAUAUUAAAAAGAAUAUUAAUAUAUAUAAAAUUAUAUUUAAUUAUAUUAUAGAUUUAAUAAGUUAUAUAAAUAUGAUUCAAGAUAUAGAAAUAUAUAUGACAUAUAUCAAUUUUUUUAUUUCUAUAUCAGAAGAUAUUAUACAUAGUUACAUAAACAUUCCAAUAUCUUUAAUAGAAUUUUAUUUUAAUAUAUUAUUAUCAAUAAUAAAAAUAGGGAGACAUUCAUUUCAUAUGCUUAAUGAAAAUAAAGUUAUGAAAAAAAAAAUUAAUAUCACACAAAAUAAUAAUGAGAUCUCAGAUAAUAUCUAUAUAAAUCAAAUCAAUAUAUCUUCUAAAUUUUUAAAUAAAUUUUAUAAAUUAUUUGAAAUGGCUAUACAAAAAAAAUCAAAAGAAAUAACCAAUUUUCAUGUUAUAAAAAAUAAUAUCCUUACUAUAUUUGAAAAGGAAUUUAUAGUAAUGCAUGAUAUUAUGAUAACAAAUACCUCUUGUUCUGAUUUUAUAAAAUCAUUAAUUCUUUUGUUGAACAUUAUAUAUAAGUAUAGUUACAAUAUUCACCUUGAUAAUUAUAUUAAUAGAAAACAAGUCAAAUCUAUAACGGAGCAAUAUGAACAUGAAAUAUUAGAACAAAGGAGUGAGGAAAAUGUAUCAAGUGUUAAGGAAAAUAUAAUACAAAAUGGUUGUGAUAAAACAAAUGGAAUAAAUAAUUCCAUUAUAUCAAGCAAAUGUGCGAAUAUACAAUUAAAACAAACUAAACAACAGGGUGAUAUAAUAAAUUUAUUAAAUGAGAAUUUAGAUGAGAAUACAAAUUGUAUUAUAAAUUUAAUUCAUUUUGUUAAGAAUAAUAAAUAUAACCUUUUUGAUAAUGAAAUAAAUAAUAUUUUAGAAAAAGAAGAAAUGAUAUUAAAUUUUGUUAACCUUUUUUGUGAUGUUAAUAAUGUAUACGAAAUUACAGAUAAUUUAAUAAAAAUUAUUUUUAUAAAAUGUUAUUAUUUAAAAAUAAAUAUAUCUCAUAUAGAAUGUAUUUUUUAUAAUAUUCCAUUUAAAAAUAAGAAUAAAAAUCAUAUCUUCAAUAUAAUUUUAAUAAUUAAUUUAAUAUCAUACUAUAUAUUUCUUAUAAAAAAAGAACAUGAAAAAGAUGAAAAAAAUAAAGACAAACAAUUUAUUCCAUCAGAUCAUAAUAUACAAAAUUUUAUAAAAGAUGAAUUAAAGCCAAAUACAAAUUUUAUUCAAAGUUUGAUCAAAAAAUGUGUACAUAAUAAUAAUUCAUAUGUUAAUAAAAUAAUUAAUCAUAACCAUUUCUUUGAUAUUAUAAAAUACUAUAUGAAUGAAAAUAAUGAAUUAUUUAAAAAAAAAAUUAUCUUAUUUGAAACAUAUAGUAAAAUAGAUGAGGGAUUAAUAUUAUUGCUUAAUAUAAGUAAGAGCAAAAUGAAUCAUAUCCCUUUAUACAAUAUUUUAUAUAAAUCAUUAGACGUAGACACAGCAUAUCCACAUUUAAUAAAUGAAGUGCUGAAAAAUAUUAAGUUUAUAUAUGAUUAUAAAAUGAAAGUAACAAAAGUGAAGGCUCUUAAAAACACAGUGGUAGGUCCAAAUGAUAUUCCUACAGAUAAUAGCAACAACAAAAAAAAUGAUAAUAAUCAAAAAAAUGAUGAUAAUAAAAAAAAUGAUGAUAAUCACAAAAAUGAUGAUAAUAACAAAAAUGAUGAUAAUCACAAAAAUGAUGAUGACAAUAAUCGUCAUAGUCAUAAUGAUGCUUGUUUAGAUGAACUAAAAUACGAACAAAUGAGAAAUGAACACUUAACAUUAGGAUUAAUCAACAAAGGCAAACAAUUCUUGAAAUCAAAGAGACAUAUAGAAAGCUUAUAUAACAAAGUUAUAUUCCUAUUAAAAGAAAAGAGAACUGAAUUUAUUGAUAACUUAAAAUACUGUGAAAAAGAAUUAUUAUAUUUCUUUCCAUCCAAGAAAUAUAUGUAUAAAAUUCUAUUUAAAUCUUUCAAUGAAUUAAAAUUAGAUAAUUUUAUUCAAAUAGAUAAAGAAAGAAAUGCACUAUUUUUAAAAUUCUAUAUAAAGGUUUUUAUGGUAAAAAUGAAAAAAUUACAAGAAAAGUAUAAAAAAGAUUUAAUGAAAGAUAAAUUUUUUAAAAAAUUUAUUAAUUUUAAUUUUUCCUUUUUUUUUAUUAUUUAUGAUUAUAUAAAAAAUAGUAAGGCGUAUCCAGAACACUCAUACUUUUCUAGGAAUAUUGCUUUAGAAAAUUUUAAAUUAAUCAAAAAAUUCUUUUUAUAUCUAUCUAAAUUGAGAAAUAUAGAAUAUCAAACAUUUGAACAGUUCUUUGAGAAUGAAAUUAAGCAUAAUCGUUUAAAUAAUAUUAAGAUUAUUAUAAAAUAUAGUAAUCCAUUUAGAUCUCUCAUUUUAUAUAGAAUAAUAAAUUUUUUUACAAAGGUUGAUUUGUUCAAAGUGAAAGGCAUAACGUCUAUUUAUGUAGAUCAAAAUGGUAAUAUAUUAAAAAUGAAUAGCAACUAUAAUAAUUGUUUUAAUAUUUUAACAAUGGAAAGGCAAAAGGAGUCAUUUUUAUUAAAUAAUACAAAUAAUAAUAAUAAUAAUAAUAAUAAUAAUAAUAAUAGUAGUAAUAAUAAUAAUAAUUGUAGUAAUAAUAAUAAUAAUGAAAUGUGUGCUAUUGAAAAAGAACAAAACAAUUUAAUUCCAAGUAAAGAAGAGUCGGAUGUUAUUACAUAUAAUGAAAUAAUGAUAAGAAAAAAAGAACUAAAAAUAUUUUUAAUGAAAAUAUUUAAAAUAUUAUUAAAUAAUAUAAAUGAUAGAAUUUCUAUAAAAACAGAUAUGAAAAAUGCAAAUAUAUAUAUGAAUAUAUUAAAAGCAUAUCAAAAGAAUAUUUUAUUAUUUGUAAAUUAUGAUAUUACCCUAACAACAUAUUUAUAUUAUAAAUAUUUGAAUAUAUUUUAUAUAAGUAAUACAUAUUCUAUAUUCAUUUUAGAUACAUUAAAUUACUUCUUUUAUAUUUACAAAGCAAAGGAUUAUAAAAACUUUAUAAAAAAUAAUAAUAUGUGUUGCAAUAUUGUAAUAGAAUUAUAUAGACAUAUAUUGAAAAAUAAAAAAAUCAAAAUAGAUAAAAAAAAAUUUUAUCAACUUAUAAUUAUAUCUAUAUUGUUGCAUACACUACCAGAUAGAAGUAAUACAAAUCGUAUGGUAUAUAUGUGGAAAUAUAUGAAUAGAAAUUUAAAAGAUCAACCAUUUUUUAUGGAAUAUGAUAUUAUGAAUAAAUUAUUCUUUGAAAAAAAAAAUAUCAAUCAUUUAGGAAAUUUCAUAUUUGUAGAUGAAAAGAAAACUAAUUUAGAUAAAGAAAAGAAUGAUAUAAUUGAUAAACAAUAUAUUAAAAAUGAUAAUAUAAUAAUAAAUAAUAUAGAUCAAGAACAUAGUAAUUUUAAUAAUUCUUAUAAUAUAAAUAUGGAAGAAAACUUUAUAAAUGAAAAGGAACAUGAUAUUAUAUAUUCUUCUAAUGAAUAUUAUUUUGAUUAUAGAUAUUUUAUUAUGUCUGGAAAAGUUAUUUCCUCAAGAAAUAAUAUAUAUAAAGAAGUAAUGAAAUAUUAUUUAUUUAUUUUUGCUUAUUUUAAUAAACAUUUCUUUGAUAUAUUUAUAUCGAAUUUUUAUAUUUUUCAAUUACAAAAAUGUUUAGUAUUAGAAUUUCUCGAUUCAAAAAAAAUACUAAUAUUUUUAAAAAGAAUCAUGAAACCCAAAUCUUAUCCUUAUAAAAUUACACAAAUAUAUAAAACUGUCUUAUAUAGAAGUUCGGAUGUACUAAUUAAGGAAGAACAUAUAUUCUUUUUUUUACAUUUAAUAGAUUAUUAUAUUAAUGUAUUAGAAAAUAAUUUAUUAAAAACAAAAAGUAAAAUAAAUAAAAAUAAUAAAAAAAAAUAUAUAUCUUUAAAUUUAAAUAUACAAAAAGAUAAUCACACAUAUAAUAAUCCAGAUGAACAAAUUGGUAAGCAUAAAGAUGAUAAUAUAAUUCCUAUUAAUAAUAAUAAUAAUAAUAAUAUACCAUUAAAUGAUGAAAAGAAAAAAUACAUUAAUCAAAAAUUAUUUCAACCAAUAUAUUCUAUUAACACAGAUAUAAAUUUAAAUAAAUUAAGAAAUGACUUGAAUAAUAAAAAAAUUAAAAAAAUUAAAUAUACCAAUUUAUUAAAUGAAGAAUAUGAAGAGAGUGUAUUUUUUGGUAAUUUAAAAGGUUUCUUUAAAUAUCAUGAAAAUCUAUUUGAAGAUAUAUAUUUUAUCAAGGAAAAAGAUAUUAGAUAUAUAUGUGAAUUAAUUAUUAAUAUUAUAAUAAAUUCAAAAAUGUAUUUAUUUUUAAUCCAAUUGUUAUGUAUUAAAAAUUUUUCAAUAAGUUCUUUAUUUAAUAAAAACGUAUUACAAGCAGUAGAAGAAUUAGAAAUUACAAAUAUGGUACUUUUUAAAAAAUUAUUUUUAAAUAAAAAAACAGAAAAUUAUAAUUCAAUUUUAUUAAUGUGUAAGAAUGUAAAGAACCUAAAGGAAAAAAAUAAAAUUAUAUUAUUUAUGGAAAAACAAAUCAAUAAAAAGAAUAAUUAUACAAAUUAUAAUAAACUAAUUAAAAUACUUCAUAUAUUAUCAGAACAAACUGAUGUUCCUAAUGAAGACAAUACAUUAUAUCAUGAAUAUGUUAAUACACAUAUAAGGAUAUUUAAGAGAAUAGCAAAUUAUUUAGAUAUAUAUGAUAGUAUAUUUAUCAAAUUAAUAAAAUAUAUAACUAAUAUAACUACACUUAUAUAUCAAAGUACACAUCUUAUAGCAUAUCAUUUUUCUUUACAUAAGAAUAAUUUUUUUUCAAAUAUGAUAUGCUUUUUUCAAAAAAAUCUAAAUUAUUUAUAUGAAAAUAUAUGUUUACACCUCGAGCCUUUAUCAAGUAUCAUGGACAAAAUUAUAAAGAAGAAAAUAUAUUUGUAUGUUAUAUAUGAAAGAAAACAAAUGAAUAGUGACUAUUCUAAUAGUAAAAAAAGGAAAACUAAAGGUGGUCUUAUAAAACAAAAUAAAUUAUUGGACCAAUUAAAAGGUAGCCAUAUUGAUGAUAGUAAGGAUGAUGUAUUUAUUGAUAAGGAAAAUGACAAUUCUGAUGAUUAUGAUACUUUUAUAGAACAAACAAAAAAAAGGAAAUUAGAAAAUAAUAAUAAAAAAAAUGAUUAUGAUUGUGAUGAUGGUGGAUCCAGUUCUGAAGAUAAUUCUUAUAACAAUCAAAUAGACCAAAAAAAUAUAAAUUCUGAUAAUAAUAAUAAUAAUAAUAGUAAUAAAAUUUAUGAUAAAGUGAUGAAUAAUAACUCUAAAAAUACAUUUAUAGAUAAUAAUUUUAUGAAUUAUUAUCAUCUACACAUUUUUGCAUUUAUAUGUACAACUAUUAAUACAAUAUUCAAGAAUGAAAUUGACAUUAAAAAAUUUACAGUUUUAACAAAUAAUUUAAUAUUCCUAUUUAAUAAAUGUUAUAGUUCAUAUGUUGUAUCUAUAUGUCUUAUAAAUUUAAUUAUAAAAAUACGAUUAGACAAAUUAUAUGAUUGCAAAAAUUAUAUACUAGAAAUAUUUAAUAUAUAUAAUUAUGAUGAUGUUGACUAUUGUAUUAAUAAUAACUUAUUGUUAUUAUUAGCUUUAUAUUUAUGUCCAGAUAGUUAUAAAAAAAAUAUUCUUCUAGAGGAUCUAAAAACAAAGGAAGAACAAAAUAUAGACAGUGACACUAAAUGUAUUAAUAAUAAUAAUAAUAAGGUACAAAUGACUUAUAAUGAAAGUCAUAAAAAUGUAGUAUAUCCAUAUUAUGUCUAUUCCAAAUUAAAAUAUAUCAAACCACACCUAAAAAAAGUAACAAAUAUUCAUAAUUUAUGUUUGAAACUCAUUUCAUUAAUAUCCAUAAUUCAUGACGUAAAUGAAAAGGCUAUUAAACCCAUUUCUUACUUUAUUUAUUUUUCAACAUUUCAAAAUUUUAUAUUAUGUUUUACCUUUGCUCAAGACAAAUUGAUUAGUAGAAAACUUAAUUUAUUGUAUAAAAAAUUUACCUUUCAAAAUACAGAUACAUUUGUGUUAAUCCAUAUAUUAAACAAUUUUAAGGUAGAGUAUAAUUUAAAUACACAAGAAAAAAUUAAUAAGGAUCAGAUAGAAGAUAAUAUAAACAAUUUACCAUAUUAUAAUACUUAUUAUGAAAAGAAAAAUGCCAUAAAUGAUCAAAUUCAAAAAUUAAUCAAAAGAGAUCAUAAUGAUAUUGAAACAUAUAGUCAUCUAAAUGUAUCAAAUUUUGAAAACAGCUAUUUAUACAAAUUCCUUUUUCAUUUAAACAAAUUGAAAGAUUAUAUGACAUUUAAUGAUGGCUUUCAAAAAUAUAAAAGAUUUAAACAAAAUAAAAAUAAUAAUGAAAAUAGAUCUAACCUUCCAAAUGAUGAUAUUUUAGAAAAUAAAUAUUUUGUAUAUGAUAUAUUUUGUGAUAUAUUAAAUUGCGAACCUGAUAAUAAUAUUCAAUUAUUUAAGAGAAAUAUAUUUCUUUUUUAUGAAUAUUUAAUGGAUAAAUUAUAUCAUUUAAAUUUUGUAAACAAUAAAAAUUUAUUAAAAGAAAUUAUAAUCUUUAUUAAUCAAAAAUUAACUAAAGAAAUGGAUUGUAAAUAUAUAUUUGAUGCUGUCAUGUAUUCUUUAUGUAAUAAGAAAGAAAUAAUUAUUUCUCCUUUAAAUGAAUUAUAUAUAAAUAAUUUAUUUAAUAAAUCAUUAUUUAAUAUUAAAUUGGAUGAUUCUAUGAAGAUAUUUAUUAUCUCUAAAAUAAAUCAAAUGUUAUCAAAACUGUUCAAACAAUAUUAUCAAGUGAGUAAAAAUGAAAAAAAUAAAAUAAAUAAAUUCAACAAAAGUAAUAAUCACGGUGAUAAAAAUGGUGCACCUAUGGAAUCUAAUCAAAAUGACGAAAAGGGCAAGAAGCAUAUUGAGCAAGACGAAAACACCUCAAUAAAUAAUAACAACAAUAUCAAUAGUAAUAGUAGUAGUAGUAGGAAACAUCAUAAUAUGGAACAUAAAACAAAUAAAGACAUGGUAUAUCAAGAAAUUGAUAUUAUAUAUGAAGAAUAUAAAAAAUAUAAUGAACAAUUUGGAUCAGACAUUUUAAUACAACCAAUUAAUCAAAACGAUACUACUCUGAAUAAUACAUUUGAUGAUGAUAUAUAUAUAUCUGAUGUUAAUUCUAUAAAUUCAGACUACAAUUUCGAUGAAGAAGAUAAUUCAUAUAAUUUGAAGUAUAAAGACCUAUCCAAUAAUAUGGAAAAUUUAAAUAACACAGAUAUAAUAAAUAUACACAAUAAUAAUAAGCACACGUCAGAUACAUUAAAUAAUAAUGAUGUAUGUAUUGAAGAUAAUUUGACAAACAUAUUUAAUGAUGAAGAUGUAAAGGAUAUAAAAUUUAUUAAUAAAUUGAAAGAUUUAAAAAAAAUAUUUGGUAUAGAUAGCUAUUAUAUGAAUAAUAUAUUAAAAUGUAUAGCUACCUUAUUAAUUAAUUUCCCUAUUAUUACGAAGAAUAAAAUGAUUGAAUUAUUUCAUGUAAUGUUUUUAAAUAAUAAAAAGUACAUAUUAAUAAAUACAAAGAAUUUAUUGGUAGAAUAUUUUUAUAGUUUAAGUAAUGAGAAAAAAAUAAAUUAUUUAAGAAAAAUUAUUACAAAUCCUUUAAAGAAAUUAGAUUAUAAUCAUAUAUUUUUUAUAUUUUCAAAUAAUCAUAUGAAUAUUUGUUUAAAACAUUUAAUAAAAUAUUACCAAAAACAAAGAAGAAAAUAUAUUUUGAAAAAUAAUGAUUCCACUUAUAAUUAUAAUGGAUCAGUUGUUAUGAAUAAUUGUUUAUUUUAUUAUCAACAACUUAUAGUAUAUGAAAAUUUAUUUCACCUAAAGAAUAAAAAAGGUAAGUUGGGUUUUAAUUUCCUUUUUGCAUUAAUAAAAAAUUAUAUUAAAAAUUGUAAGACACAUAUAACAUAUUUAUAUAAUAAACAUAAACAAAAUAUUAAAUAUUUGAAUAGCGAAGAAUUUCAUUGUUAUAGUGAAAACACAAAUAAUAGGAACAGUUUAAUAGUUGAUUUAAGGGCGGAAGAACAAAAUAUUGUAACAUCUUUAUUAUAUACAUCUACAAAAAUGAAAGUUAAUUCAUUAAGUAAAUUAUUUGAUAAUUUAAUAUCAUGUUUUGAAAAUAAGAUAUUUGAAAGCACAUCAUCAAAUAUAUUAGAUAACUAUAAAACUACAUAUGAACAAAGAAUAUAUUAUAUAUUCUUUUAUAGACUUUAUAAAAAUUUUGGUUCAGUAUUAAAUAGUAGUAAUAAAUAUUUAUAUGAUCUAUUAAAUAAUAUAAAAUUUACAUUAAUAUCUUGUCAAAAAAAUAGUCAAGAUAUUUUCCAGGUUGGUAAAAAUCAUACAUAUAAUAAAUAUAUGCAAAAUGGACAAGUGGAAAAAAUAAAAAAUAAAUUAGGAGAUCAAUUUGAUGAUAACACAAAUGAAUCACCAUUAAAUGAAAGCAAUGAAGAAUUACAAGAUGUAGAAGAAGAAAAAGGAUUAAUAUUAAAUAACAAACAUAAUAAUAAUAAUAAUAACAAUUUGAGAUGUAAAUGGUAUUGGUUCGAUUUAGGUUAUCCUACAUUAAUGUGCUUAUAUGAAAUUUUAAAAAGUGAAAAAAAUAAUCAAACAAAUAUAAAUCCAAUAUUUUUUAAUACAUGCUUUGAUGAUGUCAUUAAUUAUUUUAAUAUAUUUCAACACCUACCUAGAAUCCAUAUAAAUGAUCAAUUCGAAAAUAACAUAAACGAAAAAAUUCUAACCAAUAGUGAACUUUUUGAUAUGAAAAUGGUAUCUAUUAUUUUAUUAGAUAUGUUAAAACUAAUAUUGUGUAGAUAUUAUAACUUAUAUUUAAAUGACCCAGAAAAAAUUCAAAUUAUGACAAUGAGACUGUCACUUAAAAAUUCAGAUAAUCAUAUUAAUAGUUAUAAUAUUACUAUAUGUAUUAUUUUAACACUCAAAUAUAUUUAUGAAACUAUUGGUUAUAAUAAACUAUUAUUUUCAGUAAAAGAUUUGUAUCAAAUAUUUUCAGAACUUAAUAACCAUCCGGAUGAUGAAAUAGAAUAUAUAUCCAAACAGUGGUUUAACACAAUAAGGAAAAAUUCAGAAGUAGGAAAUGUUUAA